AUGUGGACAUUUAUAUAUUAUUUAGUGUUUUGUCUUCAUAUUUUUACAUCUUUAGCCGAACACACGGCACCAAAGCUUGGUGAACAUGUUUCACGACGUUCACAAAAUGUUGGUACUAAAUUAAAGAUAACAUGUUUCGUGCAACAAGGCCAGAAGCCGUUUUUAUUUGAAUGGUAUAAAAAUGAUCAAUUGAUAUUCAAUGAUCAUCACAAAUAUCACAUUGAUUCUGACGAUGAUACUUCUCUUUUGGCUAUUGCCAAUCUUAAUGAAAAAGAUUCGGCUAAUUAUUCCUGUACUGUACGAAAUGAUUUUGGUUUCGAUACACAAACUACCAUCCUAAUAAUUAAAGGUUUGAAUUUUGUAUGA